GCGGAGUUUCCCGCUGGCUCGCCCGGGGUCGGCGGCAGGUGAGAAGUCCGGCGGGCGGGACCCGCCUCCUCCGGGCUCCACCUGCGCGAGAGCGAAGGCUACCCAGCAGUCGUGGCCAGAGAGCGCGCCGACCUCCGCGCCGAAGUGGUCCCGUCCCGGUCGAGGUUUGCAAGAAGAUGGUGAGACUCCACAGGUCAGCCGGGGCCUUGGAGAGCUUGUGCCUUUGACGGAGGGAAGACCACUCUCUGUGCCAUGGCCCAUCUGCUGCGGCUGCUCCGGAGGCACAAUGGCCCACUAAAGCUGGCUUUGGUGGGCGUCGUCUUUGUCAUCUUCCUCUUCAUCAUGCAGAGAGAUGUGAGCAGCAGGGAUCAAAGGGAGGAGCCCUGGCUAAAGAACAUUGUGGACAGGAAGGAUCAGAUGAUCGACAUCAUGAUGGGGGCGGUCAACAAUAUCCGGGACUCAAUGCCCAAGCUGCAGAUCCGGGCUCCGGUUCAGCAGGAGGCCCUCGAGCAAGACAGCAAGUCCUGCCUGCCCGGCUACUACACGCCUGCAGAACUGAAGCCCUUAAUGGAGCGCCCUCCGCAGGACCCCAACAGCCCGGGGGCUGAUGGCAAAGCUUUCAAGAAGGACCAGUGGACGCAAGAAGAGAUGAAGGAGAAAGAGCGGGGCUACGAGAAGCACUGCUUCAACGCCUACGCCAGUGACCGGAUUUCCCUCCAGAGGGCUCUGGGACCAGACACUAGGCCUCCUGAGUGCAUCGACCAAAAGUUCAAACGCUGCCCUCCCCUCCCAACCACCACCGUUGUCAUCGUCUUCCAUAACGAGGCCUGGUCAACCUUGCUUCGCACUGUCUUCAGCGUCCUGUACUCCUCCCCAGCGAUAUUGCUAAAGGAAAUCAUUCUUGUGGAUGAUGCCAGUACAGAUGACUACUUGAAAGACGAGUUGGACAGCUAUGUGAAGCAACUGCAGAUAGUGAAGGUCGUCCGGCAGCUGGAAAGGAAGGGUUUGAUCACUGCCCGGUUGCUGGGUGCCAGCGUUGCUACGGGAGACGUGCUCACUUUCCUUGAUGCUCACUGUGAAUGUUUCCAUGGCUGGUUGGAGCCUCUCUUAUCGCGCAUUGCUGAGGAACCCACCGCUGUGGUCAGUCCAGAUAUCACCACCAUUGACUUGAACACUUUUGAGUUUUCCAAGCCAAUUCAGUAUGGGAAGCAGCACAGCCGGGGCAACUUUGACUGGAGCCUGACUUUUGGAUGGGAGUCCAUCCCUCAGCAUGAGAAGCAGAGAAGGAAAGAUGAGACUUAUCCCAUCAAGACUCCCACAUUUGCUGGUGGACUCUUUGCCAUUUCCAAGUCCUAUUUUGAGCACAUCGGCUCUUACGAUGAUCAGAUGGAAAUCUGGGGUGGGGAAAACGUGGAGAUGUCCUUUCGGGUUUGGCAGUGUGGGGGCCAGCUGGAGAUCAUACCCUGCUCUGUGGUUGGCCAUGUAUUCCGUUCCAAGAGUCCCCACACCUUCCCCAAAGGAACUCAAGUCAUCUCCAGGAACCAGGUGCGCCUGGCGGAAGUCUGGAUGGAUGACUACAAGGAAAUCUUCUACAGAAGGAACCAGCAGGCUUCCCAGAUGGCUAGAGAGAAAACGUAUGGAGACCUCGCCAAGAGGCUUGAGCUGAAGGAGCGGUUACAUUGCAAGAACUUCACCUGGUACCUACAAACCAUUUAUCCCGAGAUCUUUAUCCCAGACCUUACACCAGCGUUUUACGGAGCGAUUAGAAAUGAGGGUGCCAAACACUGCUUGGAUGUUGGAGAGAACAACCAUGGAGGGAAGCCACUCAUCAUGUACCCCUGCCAUGGGAUGGGAGGCAAUCAGUACUUUGAAUACACAUCCCAGCGAGACCUGCGGCACAACAUCGGCAAGCAACUCUGCCUCCGUUCCAAGAUGGGACCCGUGGAAUUGGGAGACUGUCACUAUACAGGGAAGCACUCCCGGGUGCCGGAAAAUGAAGAAUGGGAACUGACUAAUGACCACCUUCUUAAAAAUGUGGCAUCUAACAAAUGUCUGUCUGCAAGGGGAGAGCAUCCCUCUAUGGCUUCCUGCAACUCUGCAGACCCCCAUCAGCUUUGGUACUUCAGCUAAGCGAUCCUGGCAAAGACCACAAAGCCUGUUGCCAAUGUCCUCUUGUGGAAGUUUCUGUUCUCUUAACUCCACUACCAAGAAGACAGAGGACAAGUUCAAAGAAAGAAGAGAACCCAGUCAAAUAUGCUGCGUAAUCACACUUGACUUACAAAACACUUUUGUGCCUUUGUGGGAUGGGAUGGUCAAAGGGGAUGCAGCAAACCUUGGUGCAUCUUUAUUUCUUUUUAAUUAAGUAAAAUUCCAAGCUGGUAUGUUUGCCCUUUAGAAUACCAUAAGUAUUGUUAAUCAAAGCUCCAUAUUGCGAGACGGACAACAAUGGUGGUUUUAUUUUGCAGUAGAUUUAAAGGGGGGAGGGGGCGUUGAUAGGAUGUAAAAUAUUUUUUCCCCUCUUAACUUUUGUAUGCUGUGAGCAGUGUAGGAAGUAGCAGCUUGUGGAGGUGCAGAGCCUUGUCCUAAGAAACAGUUUACCUGUGGGAUAGUUUAGAAAAUAACUGAUGCCAAAGAUAAGAAUGACUUUAAACUCUGUUACAUAGGAAAAAGCAUCUUCUGGCCACACGGAGACUGUGGAAGGAGAAACUGCAUUGUAAAGACUUGGGGGGGUGCAUUUUGAAUAGUUUCUCAGCUCUGUGUUGUUGUUUUUCAAAGAUCUUGCACACAGAUGCCGGUGGGCAGCGCAGAAACUGUUCCCCCCACCAAAAAAGUUUCAGUAGGUUAGGACUGCAUUUUACAAUAGUGGAACACUGGAGUGUGGUAUUGUUUUGUGGCUGAAAUCUUCACCCCGUUGCCAGUGCCUUACCUCCUCAGGCCUCUCACCACCGUGCUGCAAAUAAGUCCCUUUCUCUCUCUUUUUAAAGCAUUCUCUCGGCAGCUUAUCUCUUUACCAAAGAAAAGGGGACUUGGGACGGGAGAUGUACUCCCUGGACCUCCAACAAAGGAAUGAUGGAAGGGUAGCAUUUUUGCUAGGCCCUUCCUUACGACUCCAGUGUCAGGCACCCGGUGUGUGCCUUUCUGAUUGCUGCAAUCCAGACCUCCAGAGGCCUUUGACAUGAACUUGACCCCCCAAAAAAACCUGUUUGUGUAGCCUGCAUAGUUUGACAACUUCCUGCACUAGGAGAAACUACUACUUGCCUUUUCGUCUGGAUCCUCUCAUUACCUUGAUUGUACACUGUGAUGCCUUGGAGCAAGGAAAGCUGCUAAUGUGCCUUUAUUUUGUAAGACCAGCUGGAGAAGCUGCUUGCUUUGAGGGAACGGGGGCUGCAGAAGCCUGCAAAAUCACCUUCAUGGAUAGGAUUGCAGAGACUACCCAACAGGGAAUGAGUGUGUGCAUGCCUGUCUUUACAAAAACGCCUGCUGAAGCAAAUUAGUACAUGAUCUACUGCUAGUUGCCUGAUGGAGCAAAUCCCCGUUUUCCUUAUUUGUUUUGUAUGCUGUUAAGAAAAAUAGCUUAUUUGUUUUUUUUGGAGGUCACUGGAGGUGGGGAUUUUUAUUUUUUUUCCAAAUGCAAGCCCAAGAUGCUGUUCAGCCACAAAGCAGCAGCUUCGCCGUGACUUGACAAUGAGCCUCUUCUUACCCAUAGCUUGAUUAGCUAUUGCACUGUCCAUUUAAUGCAAAAUGUAGAGAUGAAUUUGAAGGAAAAUGUACCUCCAGAACAUCCUAAUAAUUGGGUGUUUUUGAGCACACUACACUUUAAGAGUCGUUAGUUUGUGGGGGGUUUUGAAGUAAGACCAAAGGUGCUGACUGUUCCCCUAGAUUUUGAAUGCAGAAGGAGACAUUGGUUUUCCCAUUGUGUUCAUUUCCAGGAAGGCUUUAGCUGAGAGGCAAAGACCUGCCUUGGUAAAUCCCAACUGCAAAUAAUAAAACUUAAAAUUCUAUUUUACAAGAGAAUCUUGUCUGACUUUGCUUACUUUCAAGUUGCUCUUCAACUGUGUGUGUGUGUGUGUGUGUGAGAGAGAGAGAGAGAGAGAGAGAGAGAGAGAUUGAGAGAGAGAGAUUUAAAUAGCAGGCUAAUGUUGGAAGCUGCUUUUGAGAAAAAUAUUAGCUUCAGGUCUUCCCUUUGGUCAGUCCUCAUGUUUUAAGUGUAUUCUGUAUAAAUAUGUUAGACUCCGAAAUAAUAAAAAAAUUCUUUUUUGGCUGGGUUUAUCAGA